AUUCACAGCUCCUAUUGGCUGCCUCUGAGUUAAUCUGACCAACCACUGUAGUCUUCUUUCACACGUGGAACGUGGGAACAGAGCAGGGCUUUUUUGAGCAUACUGUUCAAGAUGGGGGUCCUGUCAGCACUGACGCGCGGGCUCGUGAGAGGAGCUGACAGAAUGGCGGAGUUCACGAGCAAACGAGGGCCCAGAACUUUCUACAAAAGCCGAGGCGCCAGACCCACUGGAGUCCUGACCUCCAGCAGAAAAUUCAUACCCAUUCGGGCCAUGAUACCUGAGUUCGUGGUGCCCAACUUGGAGGGCUUUAACCUGAAACCCUAUGUAUCAUACAAGACCCCACAAGGGACGGAGCAGCCCAUUACUCCAGAGUCGCUCUUCAGUCAGGUGGUGGCACCACAGAUCGAGAGAGACAUUGAGGAGGGGGUUUUCAGUGAGGACAAUCUUGAGAAAUAUGGAUUGGAGAAAACACAGGAGGGAAAGUUGUUAAAAUUGUACCCCAAGAACUUUGCUCGCUAAGUCUGCAUUUCAGAAAUUUGCAAUGGACUGCUUUUGUUUUAUGUUCGCAAUUGUGAUGUUUUGUUAACUCUGUCCACAAACUGAAGUCAUUAAAGAUUAAACUCAUUCAUA